AUGUCAUCGAUGGGAAUUUGUUCGUUGUGCAAAAGCAAGUGUGUGGACGUUUGGGUGACGGAUCCUUGCAGGCACGAAGCCUGUAGCAAAUGCCUGGAGUCCCGGGACAACCUAGCGUCCUGCUUCGAAUGCUCCAAUGAAAUCGGUUUCGUCAGCUGUCCUGGUUCGGAACACGGAUGCACUUUCAACACCAGUCAGGGACAAUCGAAAGAACACCAGGUAAACUGCAUGCGUUUGCCCGUCGAAUGCCCGUACAAAUGCCAAGCAAUUGUCGAGAAGAGAACGCUGCUGUCUCACAUGGCCGCGGACUGCCAGUUGCGUCUGGCCACUUGCCAAUUCUGUCAAGACACGGUGUUUCAUGUGGAACUCGAGUAUCACGAAGAAACUUGUCCAGAAGCUCCGAUCAGCUGUCCGUAUUGCCAGAAAGAAAAUAUCAAACGAGGCAGCCUUCCCGAGCACGCUGAAAACUGUUCCGAGACUCCGAAGUCGUGUCCUCUGAAAGAGUACGGCUGCACUUUCCUGGGGCUGGACAGUGUCAUGGACGAACAUCUGAGUGUCAGAAAUCACGUUUCCAGUUUCGUGAUUCUAAAGAGAGGCUUGGAACAGAGGGACGCGGAGAUCGCUAGCCUUUGUAGCCAGCUGAGCUCUUGCAAAAGCGAUCUGGAUACGCUGAAGAACGAUAUGCAAGAAAAAAGCCAAAAGCGAGACGACGAGAUGAGUAACCUCGAUGACAAAUUAACUGGUUGCAAAAAUGAUCUGGACACUUUGAAGAACGAGAUAAAAGACGAAGCCCCAGAUGGCGCCCAGUUGUUCGAUGAAAAAAUCACGUGGGCUUUCGUGACUCCUGAUGUUGUCGCGAAUUACGUACACACCAGUCCCGUGUACAGACAGCGAAGCACGAAGACUUCCUUUUGCUUCACGUUCACUGUUUCGAGUACCAACACCCUGACGUUGAAUCAGCAUCUUCUGGAAGCAGGGACCCCUGCCGCCGGGAAGACGUUCGCAGUAACCGUCACGGACAGGACGAAGAACGUGGUCGCUGAAAAGAAGGGAUUGACGUGUGCUGAUCAGCAGGUCCUCAACUGGACGGCCACGCAAAGCACUUUUUACGCGGUAACCUGCGUUCAGAAAUAA